CGAGCGCGCGUCGCGUCGGUUUUAUACGAACUCGAAUGCGAGUGUGGGAUCUAGCUUUUGGCGUUUGCAUUGAUUUCGUUUUCUAUAUACAUAUAUAAAUUUUUUUUGUUCGAUUUCGAUUCAGUCGAUUUGUUUUACGCCGCAGCAGCUCGGCGGCCCAUACCCAAAUCUAAUGCUAUGUGAGUGCGCGCCAGAGCAGAGCCUCCUAUACGAGUAUAGCUAUAAAUUAUAGUCGUCCGCAUAUAAACAGAAAUUGAAAAGAAACGUAAAUUGAAAACGUGCGAGCAGAAUCAGCAAUCAUCUAAGGCCAUAAUAAAUAGCAACAAGGCAACAAAGACAUGAUGGAGGUCUACACAUCGGACAGCUCCGACACGGACUCGCGCGAGCAGAAGACCCUAGACUUUGGCCGGAUGAACCUGGACGUCGUCACCCUCGAGGAUUAUCUCAGUUCGCCGCAGAAGGCGCUACUGAAGUCGAGCGGCGACAUUGAGACGAUGCUGUUGAACCACAAUCGGCUGGCGGCGCUGCCGAAAUCGCUUCGCCAAUUUGGUAACCUUAAGGUGCUCGAUCUUAGCUCCAAUGCACUGACGAUGCUGCCCGAUGCCAUUUGCCAGCUGCCUCUGGUCACACUGAUUGCGAAGAACAAUCUGUUGACGAACGCAUCGCUGCCCAAAUCUCUGCUCACCAAGCAGCCGAAUGGUGGCGGCGCCACAGGCACCUCCACACUCAAGGAGCUCAACCUGAGCGGCAAUCAGCUGACACACUUUCCCGAGCAGGUGACCGAUCUGCGACAGCUCAAGUAUCUGUAUGUGGGCGGCAACAAGAUCUCGACCAUAUCGAAGGACAUCUGGAAGAUGCAAAGCCUGCACGUGCUCUCCCUGGGCGGCAACCAGAUCAUUGAGGUGCCCGAGGGAGUCGGCUUGCUGGCCCAGCUGCAGGCCUUGGUGCUUUGUGACAACCUCAUCGAACACCUGCCCAUGAGCAUAGCGCGCCUAAAGAACUUAAAGUCACUGCUGCUGCACAAGAAUCGACUGAAGCACUUGCCCAAGGACAUUGUCGCAUUGAAGAAUCUGACAGAGCUCAGCUUGCGUGACAAUCCGUUGGUGGUGCGCUUCGUGCAGGAUAUGGCCCUAAAUCCACCCACACUGCUGGAGCUGGCGGGACGUAUAGUGAAGUCGAGUGGCCAGCGUCCCGGACCGGGCGAUCUGCCGCGCACCCUCAUCGAGUAUCUGAAUAGCGCCAACUGCUGCGUGAAUCCGAACUGCAAGGGCGUCUUCUUCGACAAUCGUGUGGAGCACAUUAAGUUCGUGGACUUCUGCGGCAAGUAUCGGGUGCCACUCCUUCAGUACCUCUGCUCCUCCAAGUGCAUUGAGCCCGAGGAGCGCCUACGUGCCCCGAGCAGCAGCAACAGUGCCAGCAGUGGCUUCAUGAUGCGCAAAGUUCUGCUCGGCUAGCAUGAUCCCCAAUUCCGGAGGUGGAGGCGGAGAUACGGACGCUGGUGCGGAACUGAGCAAACCCAAUUCGUCAGUGGCUGUGUUGUUAGUGCGGGGGCGGCGGAGUCCCGCUGUGAAACCCAUUGGCUUUAAGCACACGAUACCAAAUGGAAUUCAUUUUUUGAAAUGCAUUUUGUUGUUAAUUGUUAUGCUAUUUGUUUUUUUUUUUAUGAAACCUAUACCUAAUACCAAUGUAUGCUUGUAUAUAUAUAAAUCGAUCUAUGCAUAUGUUGAUGUUCUUAGAUAUAAUGUAGUUCGAACUAAAUUGUGCAAAGUUCUAAAAUAUACUCGUAACUAUAACUAUUU